UCCAAACUCGCUGGCGACUCCUCCAGCCACACACCUUCCACAUUCUCUUCUACCGCGAGCUUCACCAUUGCAUGCGCCACGUGAUUGCAUCUUCUGCGACCGGAGAAAACAAUAAGGGAAUCGGUCUUAAUGAGCAAGUCAGUGAACCCCAUCUCAGUCACCAGUCUCAAGCUGUCUUUGAUUGCCAUAGCCUCAGCCUCAUCAACAGUGAACGAACCACGCUUACACUGCAAAAAGAAAUAGAGAGAAAAAUUAGAAAUUUGAUGAAGAUAAUCGAAGAAAAAGAUUCUCAAAUCGCUUCUCUGAAGAAUAUGAUUGAGAGCCAAAAUGUUGAUGCUACUGAGUCAAGUCAGACCCCAGAUGUCAAAGAUAACAACAAAGGAAAGACCAACACUCAAGAAAGUCACUCUCAACAUUCCACUUCGAUCGCUUCACUCUCUGUUCAACAACUCCAAGACAUGAUAACAAACUCAAUCAGGGCUCAAUACGGUGGAUCUUCUCAAAAUACUAUCUUGUAUUCAAAACCAUAUUCCAAAAGAAUUGACAACUUGAGAAUGCCUGUUGGAUAUCAACCGCCUAAGUUUCAGCAUUUCGACGGAAAAGGUAAUCCUAAAUAACAUAUUGCUCACUUCGUCGAAACUUGUGAGAAUGCUGGUACGAGAGGCGAUCAACUGGUGAAGCAGUUUGUUCGAACGUUGAAGGGAAACGCGAUUGAUUGGUAUAUCGAUCUCAAGCCUGAAAUGAUUGAGAGUUGGGAAUAACUUGAAAGAGAAUUCCUACAGUACAAGGCGAAUUGUCAGUGAUAAGCAUUGAUUAAAGGCUAAAAGGAAUAUGCUUUCAUGCUUAGUUGAGAGUUAUUUAUGAUGGAAAGUGUAUGUUCAUGUAUAUAAUUUAGGGAAAAUGUGUAUAUUUUGAGAUUAAGGACUUGGACAUUAAGUUAUCGGUAAAUAAUGAUUAAUUGGUGUAAAUAUGUGUAUUUUGUAAGGAAAAGUGAAGAUUGAUUAUCACAAUGUGUCAGACACGUCACAGGACCAGAAUUUCCAACUUACUAGAAGAAUGCACCAGCCAAACUGCUUUGAAAGUUCCAGCUUCACAAUGCUUGAGCCACAUUCGAUGCCCAGAUUGUCAAAACGGGAGUAACAACUUUUGACCAAGUAAUUGGUCCAAGAUUUGUUAUUAGUUUCUAAAAUCUCUACAACCUCAUUUGGUUUCAACCUCCCAUGCAUUUCUUAACAUCUUGUUACCUCCAUGACCUAUAAAAGGAGCUUCCAAGCAUCACUUCAAGACAUCUCAUUUUUCAUGCUUUAGU